AGAGGAUUUGACUCAACAAGAAUUAAGAGAUUCAGUAAAUGUAUUAUAAUUUCUAAUAUCGAUGAACUUUUAUUUGAUUCAAAUCAAAAACAUUUACUAUUAAAUAAUGAAGAACACUUAUUAUCUAAUAAUCAAGAACAUUUAUUAUUAAAUAAUCAAGAAUAUUCAUUAUUAAAUGAUCAAGAAAUUACAUCAUCAGAAACUAUUAAACAAAUUGAUAAUACAUUCUUAAUUUCAAAAAUUAUCGAUCUUACUAAUUUAUCACUUAAAACUGAUGACCAAUUUCAAGUUGAUAAGUUGAUAUAUUAUAAUAAUAAAAUGUUCGGAAUGGAUAAUGAAUUCGAUUUAUAA